UCAGGGCAGCCUCACGUUCCUCCUCCUGCUUCCUCGCCGCAGCAGCCAGAGCAGCCUCACGUUCCGCCAAGCGCUUCGAGUCCUCGCGCUUCGCCUGCUCUGGCGCCUCCGCCUCUGCUAUCCUCCCGGCAAGACCGUCGCACCACAUCUCGUUCAACCUUUGUUACGCCAUAAACUCGUCGUGGGGCAAGAGGAUUAAUUUGUCUUCCGGCGGGAGCGAGAAAGGAAGAACAAAACGAGGGGAAUCGGACGACACAUGGGCCGCUUCUACAAUAUCUUCCAGAGAGACACGUCCGGUGUUGUAGGCCCGCUCCAGUUCCGCCGGAUCUGCCGUGGCGAUGUUGUCCAGCAAAUUAUCGACGGUGAACGCAAUGGGCAUGGGGGGGCUCUCGUCUCCCGCACCGGCCGGUGGAAACCGCUCUGCGGUGGGAGCCUCGCCCUCGGGUUCGUAAUCCAGAAUUUCCACAUUGUCGCCCAGGAGUUCCACAUUGCCGCUGGACAUGGUGUCCUCUUUGUGGUAGCAGACGUUUCAAGGAGUGAUGCCGUGGGCGGUAGCUUGCUCCUAGAGAUAGAUGAAGGUUCUGUCGUUGACACUUUUGUCCACGACCACGUUGAGAUGGGAAAGUUGCUUGUUACUGCUGAGAGACGAUCAGCAAAGGUCUGA